AUGGCGACCAUCACCACCACCACCAGCAACGAUCAUGAUGAUGAGGUGCAGCUGCAGGUGCUGCUGGCCUCCGCCCGGCCGUUCCUCCGCGGCGAGCUCGAGGCGGCUGACCCGGCGCUGCCGGGGCUCGCCGCCGUCCUGCGCGCCGCGGGCGCCGGCGAGUGCUACCACAAGCACGGCACCUUCCUGGCGCACCUCCUGGACGUGUACCGCAUCCUCCGGCUGUGGGGCGUGCCCGACGCCGUGGCGCGCUGCGGCCUCUUCCACUCCUCCUACUCCAACUCGUACGUCAACCUCGCCAUCUUCCAGCCCGACACGGGCCGCGCCCACGUCCGCGCCAUCGUCGGCGCCCCCGCCGAGCGCCUCGCUCACCUCUUCUGCGUCGUCCCGCGCCACCGUAUCAUCCACGACGACCUUCUCUUCCACUACACGGACCAGGAGCUCAGGGACCACCUCAAAGCCUCAUCAUCCUCCUUGGAUCAGCUGGAUCCCUCAGAGCCAGAGCCAGAGCCAGAGCCAGAGCCGGCAUGGCGGCGCAAGCUGCGGUCCCUUUUGCCGGCGGAGGGCGUGGUGGCGAGGCACAUCCGGACGGGGGAGCCGGUGGCGCUGUCGCGGCGGGUGCUGGCGGCGUUCCUCCUGAUGACGGUGGCGGACUUCAGCGACCAGUACACGGACUACCAGGACGACCUGUUCGGGAACGAGGACGGCCGGCUGGAGUUCGGCGGCGACAACUGGGGCGCGCUGUGGCCGGGCACCGGCAAGCCGGGGCUCUGGGUCAGCGCCAUGUCAAGGAUGACCGCGCUCUACAACCUCAUCGCCAGGGACGACAAGCUGCAGCUCCGUCGUAUUGGUGCUGGUGGUGCCGGCAAACACGACGAUGACAACGAGGUGGUGGGCGAGCUGGUGAUCCCGCCGGUGUUCGAGGGGUGCACCGGCGUGCUGGACCCGGAGGAGCAGAAGGCGGCGAGGGACCUCUACUGGGAGGCCAUCACCAGCAGUAACAAGCAGGGACCAGCAGAAGGGUUGCUGCGGGAGAGCAUCCGGAAGAACCCCUUCGUGGGGGAGCCGCAGCUGGUGCUGGCGCAGGUGCUCCUGAACGGCGGCAGGUACGAGGAGGCGGCGGCGGCGGCGGCGCGCGGGGUGCGGCUGCUGCUGGAGUGGGGGAGCAGCUGGGACAAGCGCAUGUCGUGGGAGGGCUGGGUGUCGUGGGGCAGGCUGAUGAGGGACAAGGCACGCCGCCGGGAGUGGCCGCGCACCGCAUGGGGAAUCAUCAACCUCGGACUCGUCGAGGGAGUCGCGAACGCAAACUCUUCCUGACAUGAUCAUCUGUCAUCAUCUCAUGAUGAUCAAGGAUCGAUCUACCGGACUACUGAAGUAUGCAUCCAUCAAGGUGAUUGUACUACUAGUAUAUAUCUCGCUGAGAGUAUGCAUGAUACUAUGGUAUGCAGGUAGUAGCAAGGUUCAAAAUAGCGGGCCAAGGGGUUU